CUCUGAUUGUGCAUACUGUGCGACGAGGACCGUACAGAAAACUGACAGCUCUGUUUACAAUACAAUACAAUUUAGAAAACAGUGCAAAGCUAAAGAUUUCUUAUGGAAUACUAACUAAAACAAUGUGACAAUUUAAUGAACUGCUACCCGCUAGCUACCGGAUAUGACUGGGAGGGUCUUAUGAGAAGGUUCUUCACGUUGUGUAACACCAGACAACUGACCUUGCUCUUUUAAAUGAAAUACUUGGAUCUUGUUGCACAAGCAUUGCAACUGUGAAGUUGUGAGCAAUUUCUUGAUUUGGAGGACUAUCUGUGACAGGAUAUGGGACUGUAUAGGAUUUAAUCUCGAAUUCAGUAUGGCUACAGAAGGAACAGUUUCCAGCUCUGCUCCCCCUGGACUACCAACACCAGCUCGUAAAGAAUAUUACUGGCUUCGCUCUUUUGUAGCAGGAGGUGUUGCAGGAUGUUGUGCCAAGACAACCAUUGCACCUUUGGACAGGGUGAAGAUUUUAUUACAGGCUCAUAAUCCCCACUAUAAAAAUCUAGGAGUUUUCGCCACUCUCCGUGCUGUUCCACAGAAGGAAGGCUACCUUGGUCUGUACAAAGGAAAUGGAGCCAUGAUGGUUCGGAUCUUCCCUUACGGAGCCAUUCAGUUUAUGGCAUUUGACCAAUACAAAAAGUUACUGAGCAAAAAGUUAGGCAUAUCUGGACAUGUUCACCGGUUAAUGGCUGGAUCUAUGGCAGGAAUCACAGCAGUCAUUUGCACAUACCCACUGGAUGUCAUUAGAGUGCGGCUUGCGUUUCAAGUAAAAGGUCACCACAGAUACACUGGGAUUAUCCACGCUUUCCAGACCAUUUACAAAAGCGAAGGAGGUGUCUCAGGAUUUUAUAGAGGACUAAUGCCUACCGUCAUAGGAAUGGCCCCUUAUUCAGGGUUUUCAUUUUUCACCUUCGGGACAUUGAAAAGCCUUGGACUUGCCCAUGCACCCACCCUCCUUGGAAGACCUUCUUCAGAUAACCCUGAAGUCCUAGUGUUGAAAACGCAUAUCAACCUGCUUUGUGGUGGAAUAGCAGGAGCAAUAGCGCAGACGAUAUCCUAUCCACUGGAUGUAGCGCGACGUCGGAUGCAGUUGGGAUCAGUCCUGCCAGAUUCUAAGAAAUGUCUUACAUUGUCCAGCACGCUGAAGCAUGUGUACACCACGUAUGGAGUGAAGAAAGGGCUGUACCGUGGGCUUUCCCUGAACUACAUUCGCUGUAUUCCCUCCCAGGCUGUUGCUUUUACCACCUAUGAGUUUAUGAAGCAGACCUUAUAUCUCAACUGAGGACACAUUCUGUGAUAUACCCAGCACAAUAUACAUGUUUUUUAAUAAGUCAGUGGAAUUAUCUGCCAACAAAAACAACGGUUUCACAAACCUGUAGAAAGUUGUACGACAAUUGCUGAUAAUCAGCGAUAAGGCUAUCACCAGCUGUUAAAAGGAAAACUGUAAUUUACAGCCUUAAAUAGUGGUUUAAAAAGCCAGUUUAAUGAAUGUCCUCUUGCCGAUAGCUUUUUGAAAUCAAUCUAUUUUUGUAUUAUUUGUUGUUUUAUUGUGAUUGAUUUGUUUUCACAAGGAAGAAAGUAGAUGUUUGAGUAUUCUUUUGAAAUAUUCUUUAAAAAUUCUAAUGAAAAAAGUGAAUGUUCUUUUUUUAAUCAACUGGAAAAAAAAUAGCAGUGUUUUUGAGUAGAGGCAGUAAACCUGAACCCUGUAUCCCACUAAAUUACAAACUCACUUUCUGUAAUAGGAAACAUUUUAUUUAUUUCUGCUGUUAACACUUUUACCAGUAUCACACUUCACAAAAAGCUUUUUUUUUUUAAAUGUUAUCUUUAUACUAAUGUUUUGCCAAAAGAAUACAUUUCAAGCAAGUUUUUGAAUAUUUAUUUCAGCACUUUUUCUUUAUUAUUUAAGAAAGCUGUUGCACAUUCUGCUGCAGUAAAGUAGCAGAAGCAACACUAUUUCACAUAGAGGCAAGUAGCUUUCAAGGCGAAGGAAGCUUGUGCCCUUAUAGCUGAAACUACCUGUAAGGACCUAAACAAACUAGAAUGGCAGCAAAGUAUGAACAGUGUAAAAUGUAACUACUGACCGAAUAGCAGUUUUUAAAAUCACCAUAAAUAGGCACCUCCUGUAAAUUCUCUUCUUCAGCAGCUCAGAUCUAACCUCAUGUUUUGGAAACUCAUUGGCAAAAUGUAUCCAGCACCCGUAUUGUAGGUCUGCGACUUUCUGUUUAGAGACCAAAAGCUUUCAGUGAUUCUCAAGGUCAGGUUUGAUUUUGUGUCAUGCAAUUAAGUAGUAUUUUUUAUAAAGCUGCUGCUGCACAGCCUAUGGUUGUCACGCUAUGGUGUCAUUUUUUUAGGGAUCUGGAUGAAUGAGAAUGCACAUUUUAGUUAUACUGGAUCUAGUUUAAUGAUUCAAAUAGAGGUGGGAAUUAUCUUCCUUCUACGUAGUGCAAGUCCCACUGAUGUUUUCCUGCAGGGGUGAUUGAUUGACUCCCUGGUCACUAAAUACAAUACAAUACAGUGGAAUGAAGUGCGCAAAAGAACACCUUUCUGUAUUUAAGGCUGGUUGUAUUAAGAUCAUUGAACUAGACCUCAUUGUUUUUGUAUUUGAUACACAGCUGUAUUCUAUGAUUCUCACUCUAGUGUCUUUUUAAUGUAUCGGUGCAUUGUUUUAACCUCUCUUCCACUGGGGUUGCACUGCUUUUGUUCACAAAUACACCAAUGUGUUAUUUUAGUUUUGUAGCGGAAGAUAUCCAUUUUAAAACCAUAGUAGUGAAUAAGGAAAUAGGGAAAAGCUCAUUUAGUUUACAUAUUAUAAUAUAUAUUUGUAUAUUUUAUGAUCUUUAAUUUUGUGGUUGUGACCUUCAUCUUUACAUACACGCAUACUCGCUAACCCUAGUGUAAAUAGAAUAGCAUAAACAUGUACUUUUCAUUUAGUAACUGACCUCUUCCUUUCCAAGUCUCUGGACCGCAUGUGGGUGAUGUUUCAGCAGCUUUUGUUCACUAAAAUAAGCAAGAAUGAAAACGAGUAAGAUUCUAGAGUCACUGCAAUGUCUUCCAAUAAUACUUUCCCAUUUGGUUUGUAAUGGAGACAUACGCAGGUGUUAAAAACCUUACACAAUUGUUCUUUUGGAAUUUGAUUCUUCUGAUCAGGUUCUUAAUAAUAGAGAACAUUCUUUUCUUUUUUAAAACUUGUCUUCUUACUACACUUAUUACAUGGUUCCCUUAUAUUCAGAGUGAUGGGGUAUAUAGUCUUUCACAAGAAACACUUGAGUCAUUUCUGCUGCACAAAAUCUUAGUUUUUUUUUUUUUUUAUUGUUUCUCAAUAGUUGCAUUUAAUAUCAAAUGUUUUCCACUCAGCAUUUAUCAUGCUUCAUUUUCAAUUCUGAAAGCAUUGGAGUUGAAGAACAUUUUUUUUAUUUUUUCUGAUAAAAUAUAUUACUAUUAAUACAAUUGUAAUGCACUGUGUGCACAUAGUACUGCUGUGACGUGUAGUUGGUCUUUUAGACAACACAAUCAUAUAUAUUGUUUAACCAGAAUCUACUGUAUUUUGUACUUUUGAUCUAUGCUAAUUUGUAGCAGUGGUGACAAAUUCUAAGUAAGUAGUGCUGUGAAUGUUCUGGUGUGGUACUGAGGAAAAUAACUAUAUUAGACAUGAUAACAUUAUAUGUUUCAAAUUUGCAAAUACAAAGCUAUGCCUGGUAGUACUAUUAUAUUCUAUAUACAUGAGUCCUUCUGAUACAUUAUUUAUGUGUGGUGUUUAUGAUUGUCUUUUACUGUAAUACAGGUUGAAGGGAUGUCAUUUUUUUCCCCCUGGUUUGCUUUGUGGGAGCAGUGUCUUUGAAAUAACGGACAUUGUUAUUUUAAAAACAAAAUGUAUGUGGUUUGAAUAAAU